AUGGAUAAAUUUAUACAAUCAUUUAGUCAUCAAUAUUUGGAUUCUUCUUCAUCACUUAAAUUAACAGCACGAAGGAAACGGAAAUUGACCAUUCUCGGUCUUUUUUUAUUUUCAUUAAUUUCAUUAAUGAUAAUAAUAUCUUAUUCCAAUAAUAAUAUCUUACCUGGAUUAUCGGGAAUUAGUAUUAGUAGUACAUUUUCUGAUUAUUAUUCCAACCCUAAACAACAAAAUAAAUUUGAACAACAAAUUCAAGAUCAUCAAACUACUAAAAAAGGUAAACGAACAAUUAUAUUCCCAAAUAAUUUCAAUCAUGUUCAUGAUCAUAAAGGUUCUUAUAUGAUGAAAGAUAGUGAAUUGGUUAAAUAUUAUGUUGAAACCAUGGAACAAGCUUUGGAUCCAGAAGAUUUAAUUUAUCGUAAUCGAUUUACUUAUAAAUUACCCAAUAUCCCAUAUACUGAACAAAAAAUUGAAAUGUUUAGCGAUGGUGGUGGUGGUGGUGGUGACACAAGUGAUUCUAAUACUGAUAUGUGUCCAAAAUUAUCAACUACUAUUAAAGUAGAAGCAUCACCAGCAAUGAAUAAAAAUGGUGAUUUGAAAAAAAUUUUGAAAACUUUUUUACAAGAAGAUAGUUUUUAUUAUCGUGAAUUAUCACCAUUUUUCCCUGAUUUAAAAAAACAUUUUGAUGAAGAUACAAUUGAUAAACAUUGGUAUCAAUUCAUCGGAUCAACUGUAUGGUUAGAACAAUAUGGUGUUCAUUUAAUGGUUUCAAGAAUCAUUUAUACCGAGAAGGAUCAAGGACUGCCAAAAUUUUCUUUAGCUUAUUUACAAGUAUUUGAUAGAAAUUGGAAAGAAUUAGAUAAUGUUGAAUUAAUUGUUCCUGAUCCUGAAAAUAUUUCCACAACAAACAACAAAAACAAAAACAAAAAACCUUAUGGAUAUAAAUCAGUAUUAUACCCAACAAUCGCCCCUAUCCCAGUAUAUCAUAAUUCUAAACAAACAGGUGGAAGAUUUUAUGGAAUUGAAGAUCCAAGAAUUGUCUUAAUUAAAACCCGACAUGGUUAUGAAGAACCAGUAUUGAUUUAUAAUUCUCAUCAUCGGAAAAUUCUGGAAAAACAUUUUGAUAAUGAUCAAGAAGGGAAAAUAAAUUUUAAUAAUUAUCGAUCAUUAUUUAUUGGAUGGAUUUGGCAAACUCAAUUAGGAAAAAUUCAUCUUGAAGAAUUACCCAAUAAUGAAUUUAAAAAAAAUGAAUAUAUUAAAAUUAAAGAAUUUGUUAAACCAAAUAAUAAUCGUGGUCGAACAGAAAAAAAUUGGGCAUUAUUUAUAAAUUAUAAUCAAAGAUUAAAUCAAGGAUUUGAUAGUCAUGUUUAUUUUGCUAAUCAAUUGAAAAAUUUAAAAAUUUUAAAAUGUUCAAUUUUAAAUGAUAAUGAUGAUGAUUGUGAAUGGGAAUUUCAAAUGGAUGAUUAUGAAGAUGCCGGUGUAUUACAUGGUGGUACUGAAUUAAUUAAUAUUAAUCAACUUUUACAUCAAUAUGAUUAUCCAGAAUUAAAUUCUAUUAAAGAUUUAAUCCCCAAUGGAAGAGAAUAUUGGGUUGGUUUUGCUCGUGCUAGUUUGAAAAAUUGUGGUUGUGGAUCAAGAAUGUAUCGACCAAAUUUAAUAGUAUUAAUGAAAGAUGGUAAAAAUUAUAAAUUUGCUUAUGUUUCAUCAUUUGUUGGAUUAGGAAUCGAAAUAUUACCUUGGUAUUUAGAUAAAGGUUUAUGUGAACAUUAUAAUUUAAUUAUCCCCAAUGGUAUUUCAUCUUGGACAAUUGAAAAAGAUCUUCAUCAAAAGGAAAAAGAUAAACAAGUGAUGGAUUAUAUGGCAUUCACAAUAUCUCGACGUGAUGCUACUGUUGAUGUUGUUUAUGUUAAAGGAUUAUUAAAAGCAUUAUUUACUGAUAGUUCAUCGAGUAAACAUUUAUUGGCUGUCGAACAAACUGGAUUUAAACUGGUGACUAAUGUUGAUUGUGCUUUGAAAAAUUCAGAAAAAUUUUGUAAAAUUUAUGGAGAAACUUUUUAA